UCGAGUAAAUCGCGCAUCGCCAUCUUGGUUUGCUUUGUUCAUUCUUUUGUAAUUGGCGUGGCUUUUGCGUAUUAAAAAACAAGUUUUCAAUAUUAAAUUUCAACAGAUAUGAUACGCAAUUUGAACUUUAAAUAAAUUAUUUGUUGUUGUUUAUUAGUUUUCGUUUAAGUUUAAUCGUUAAUCGUUAAAAUGGGUAGGAAGAAGAAGAAGGCAUCCAAACCUUGGUGCUGGUAUUGUAACAGGGAGUUUGACGACGAAAAGAUUCUCAUCCAACAUCAGAAAGCGAAGCAUUUUAAAUGUCACAUUUGUCACAAAAAGCUGUACACAGGACCUGGACUGUCCAUACACUGCAUGCAGGUACAUAAAGAAGCCAUAGACAAAGUACCAAAUUCACUGCCAAAUAGGUCAAAUAUAGAAAUAGAAAUUUAUGGAAUGGAAGGUAUACCCCCUGAAGAUGUGAAAGAACAUGAGAAACAAAAAUCAGGUGGAGGCAAAGGGUCUGACAGUGAUGAUGAUGAACCAGCUGCCAAGAAAAAAGCUACUCCAGCAUUGCUGGGUGCAGGCCCUUCUACAGUGUCACCUGGGAUAUUGCCCACACCCAUGGGGCCAGUGCCACCAGGAAUGUAUCCUGGACAUUUAGCAAUGAAUCACAUGAUGCCUCCAUUCAUGCAGGCGCCUAGAAUGAUGAUGGCCGGUAUGAGGCCGUUGUUCCCGGCGGCCAGUGCGCCGACGUCGACGCCAAGUAAACCUACAUUCCCCGCGUACAGCAACGCGACAAUCAGCGCGCCGCCGACGACGACGACGCCGUCGAGCAGCGCCGACCUCAAGGAGAACGGCGAGGUGAAGCCGCCCGCCGCCAACACGUGCCCGCUCGUCACCGCCACCGGCGCCGGCUCCAAGAUAGUGCACCCGCCCGAGGACGUGUCGCUGGAGGAGAUCCGCGCCCGCCACCACAAGUACCGCCCCGCGCCGCGACCCAACGCCUCGCCCGCGCUGCCGCCCGCCGUCUCGCACGCAGAGUGGAGUCACCUCUAUGCGAUUUCUCUACAGUCCAGCAUGAACAAUAUGAACUCGCUGGUCUACACGUCCACCGCGAAUGUGGCGGCGCACAUGUCGAUGGCGGUGGCGGCGGCGGCGCGGCAGCAGGCGGCGGCGGCGGCGGCCAUGCGGCGCCCCGUGCUGCCCGGCGUCAUGCCCGUGCUGCCCGGCGUGCGCGUGCCCGUGCCCGUGUCCGUGCCCGUGCUGCCCGUGGUGCCGCAGUUCAGCCUCGUGCACCGCCCCAUGCAGCCCGAUGUACCGCGGCCCGCGCCGUCCUAGCCGCCGGGCACUCGGUGCCCCGCGUCGUUAUUGCGACGGCGGCGCGGUAGAGACACUAGUUUUGUAACUCGCAGGCGACGCCGCGUACUGCUCGAUGACAUCCGACUUUGUGAUUCAAUCUAGCAAAAUAAAAUAAAAUUCAAUUAGUGAACCACACCUCACUUAGGUGAAUACCAUUUGACAUAUUUCUUUGAAAUAAUAAAGUUAAAUAAUGGCACGUCGUAUUUAAAUUUGAAUGUAUUUUUCAUGAAUCGUUAUUUGAAUCGCAAACGUAUUCUAAUCUUCAGAGGUAACCUGAAGUGUAUUCGUAAAGUUUGCAAAGACUUCGUGUAGACGAUGUCGGGAUAAGGCAAAUGGAAUGGAUCGAAUGUAUGUAAGCACUGGGUAUGUUUUUGAUCCAAUAUUUCAUCUAAACUCGAAUGCGCAGCUUCCAACGCGUCGCCCGCGCGACUCGCUCGUCCGGCCCGGGACGCUUGGGGGCUGUCAUUUGAUACGAUAUCAAUAAGUAUGUAUCCAAACAUCCAACACCCUACACGUUGCUCUAACCCUUUAUCCUUUCAGACGAACCCCCAUCCGAAUAUAAGUUAGGGCAUAUCAACUAGAUAGGAUGUGUAUGUAUAGCUAUUUAAUAUUGCACAAAUAUCGUAUAUACAUAUAAUUAAGGCAUUUUGUGUUAGAUGUAUUUUUGAUGUUUACAGUAGACUUGUAUCAGAAUAAUUGAACUGUUGUUGUACUUGACGAGCCAAUAGACAUGUCGGUCCGCGCGGGAACACUGUUUGUAGCUUGUAAGGGUUCUGAAAAGCGGAAUUAUAUUUGCUAGUCGAUUUUGUAUCGGAAAGUCGCGUAAAAACUGCGUUCUCUGGUACAAUUCGGCGCGGGAAAUGGAGUGUCGCUCUUGAAUUUUGAAUAAAAUGUGAGUUUUUUGUCUUAAUUUUAUUUUCUAUUUUCCACGACGCGUUGGAGCGUCAGGUCGAUAGUCUCGAAGUAGGCGCGCCCCGCGGCCGCGCCCGCCCCGCCGCACUAACCGCUUACCGUCCCUCGUCCCUAACCGCCACUAACUAUCGUCCGCACUGUCGGAGGGCCGGAGUCGAUGUUCGGUAAUUUUAUUUACAUUCCUUAAUGGAUUUGCUUCUUGUAGUAGCUCUUAUCCUUAUUACUGUCUCGAUUUUCUAGUAGUGUCCAUACGAUGAGAUGCGACGUGCAUUGUCGGUACACACGGGUGGGUACACUAAUAUUUAUUUACGUACAGUAGUUUGUCGCUUUACAAUGUGCAUGACGAGAGCGGAGGGGCCAGCCGCCGGGCGGUCGCGUGUGACUUGUUAACGUACCUGUGUUGAUUCGCUUGGGGCGGCCGGGGCGAGGCGCCAGGCUGUAACCGCGGCACUGUGCAGGGAUGCUGCUGCCGGGCGGCGUGAUGCCGAUGGGCGCGGUGUUCCCGGGCCUGCCCGUGAUGCAGCCGCGCUUCCGGUAGCCGCCGCUGCAGGUAAGCGGGGGCCGGCAGUUCCCUGCGCCGCCCGCCCGGCGACACGGCGACCUGUCCGUCACAACGUGCGUUGUUGGAUUGGCGGCCCCCCCCCCCCUACUGCGACCGCCGAACUCACACUCUCUGCCUUUAUCGUUUCUCUUGAGCGUUUACACCUCGACUUGUGACGUUUGCCUACUCUUACGUAGAUUAAUAAUUAUUUAAUGAAUAAAUGCUCUGGACGUGGA